AUGUCUCGCCUUGACUUUCACGACUUUAGCUGUCCUCCUGGUCUGAUUUACACUCGUUCCACCUCGGAAAUUGAUCACAUGUCAAACAACUACCCUUCAAAUUCUCCGACUCAUCCUGUGUCAGGAGAUCGACGCAUGUCCAACGGAUUUAGUGUCUAUCCUCCCAACACUGGCACCUCGGCAAUACCCCGUUCUAUUGCUAUUCAUCCAGACAAGGAAUACAGCAGUAUUGGAAUGCUUUCAGAACCUUUUCAAGCCCCACCAAAUAGACAAACAUCUACCCAACACCUCUCAUCUUCUAACCACCACCGUCCACCUCCUCCUUCUCUCCCCCACAGCACCUCGCCCGCCGCUCUCACUAUCAACACAGAUUACUACAACGCCCCCUCUGACCCUGAGCGUGAAGCCUAUCUCCAUCGCCAGCUUCAAUCCCCCUCCAGCAAGUACUUUGUACCCUCCGGCGAUCUCCCUCUGCCCGCCAACUCCAACUCCAACCUAACCGUACUACGCUCUACUCUCUGGUGGGGCGAACUCGAACCUUGGAUGGACGAAGAAUACGCAAAGCAGGUUUGUGCUCUCAUGGGUUGGGACCCAGUCACCGUCAAAGUUCCGAACCCGGGCCCAGACGCCACUACCGCUCAACCAACCAACAACUCUGGUUACUGCUACCUCACCUUCCCCUCCCCAGCUAUCGCUUCAUCUGUUCUCAACCAAGUAAAUGGUGGCGGGAAUGCGCAGCCUAUUACGAUGCCAAACUCAAAUAAGCCCUUUGUCCUUAACUGGGCAUCUUCUGCUCCUACUGGUCCGGUCCCGCCUUCUUUCCCAACAGCUGGUGUAAUUGUACCUACGGCGCACCCACAGUUUCCAAAAGAGUACAGCAUCUUCGUUGGUGAUCUCGCCCCAGAAACGUCCAAUUCGGACCUCGUGGCCGUGUUUCGGAACCCUGUUCUUGGCCUACGGAAUGAUCGUGAACCCAAGUUCAUCCGGCCGUUCUUGAGUUGCAAGAGUGCCAAGAUCAUGCUCGACCCUGUAACUGGCAUCUCCCGAGGCUAUGGGUUUGUGCGAUUCACUGAGGAGUCGGACCAACAACGCGCGCUAAUAGAGAUGCAUGGCUUGUACUGCCUUUCGCGCCCUAUGCGAAUAUCUCCUGCCACCGCUAAAUUCAAGCCACCUCCUAUGCCGACGGAUCUCCCUCAAAUCCAGUUCCCUGGUUCCCCCGGUUCUGACCAGCGGCCAAACCCGGUUACCGUCGCCCUCCCGCUUGGCGGUCAGGCAAGGAGCGUCUCCGCACCCAUAGCGGCUUCGACGGGCCCUGGAUCCUCGUCUGCGUUGCCCUGCGUGCCUGUUGGUCCCUCUGCUUCGGGAUCAACGUUGAGCGGCUCGAGCUCUAUACCUUCCCUGGGAUCUGAGGCGAGUACCGUCGCGUCUUCAGGAGCCUUGUCUUCGAUGUCAUCGGAUGAGAUGCUUGGUCUCUCCGCCGACGUCCUUGCCCUCGCGCAACAGUAUGCCAACGCUGGGUCGAACAGCAAUGGAAAAAGCAUUGUUCCCUCUGGUUCCGCGCAUGACUCGCAAGAUCGGUCCGUGGCACCGCGGUACAUCAUCUCCGAAGAGUCAUGGAAGCACCACGCCCAAGCGCGUGCCAUCCUGGGGAACCUCAUCGGACCGAACGGCGAGCAGCUCACGUCCACCGAUCCUUAUAACACGACCGUGUUCGUUGGUGGGUUAUCGCCUUUGAUUUCCGAGGAGACUUUGCGAACAUUCUUUACUCCGUUCGGCGAGAUCCAUUAUGUAAAGGUUCCUGUCGGGAAACAUUGUGGAUUUGUCCAGUUUGUUCGAAAGGCUGAUGCGGAGCGAGCUAUCGAGAAGAUGCAGGGCUUCCCUAUCGGCGGGAGUAGAAUCCGGUUGAGCUGGGGUAGAAGUCAAUACAAAGCCGCGCAAGCUGCGGCUCAGGCAGCCCAGGCUGCCGCACUUCAAGCUCAGUUCCAGGCCCAGAUGGCAUCUGCGCAGGGCCAGGCUCCUGCUCCUCAGAGUCAGAUGACGCCAGAGCAGGCGAUUCAGCUCUUGCAAAGGCUCGGCCUAACUGGUCAAGGUCAAUCCAACGGUGCAAGUGAUGCAUCGAACCGCAACUACGGCGACGCUACAAAAGGCAGCGGGUACUCUGAGGAAAAAUUACGGUCGCUCAUCAUGAACCAACCGCUUUCUGACGGUCAACUGCCAUACGAUGUGUAUCCAGUGGCAUCCGGACCACGUCCACCGUCAAACCUAAGUUCUGUUGAACAUCACAACAGAUCUCAUCUCGCGUCCUCGUUCUCGCCUUUCUCCCCGGACCCGAAUAUGUACACGCGCAGAGGCUCAGACAGCUACGAUCUGCUACCCCAUUCCAUGAACCACGGAUCGCGCUAUGAUAAUAUCAUGGAGUUCAAGGCUGCGACUGCCAAUCCUAAUGAACGACCCGUGCCCCCUGUGCGCACGCCAAAUGGGUCCCAGCGAUAUGUGCCGUUCAUGGAUGGUUCUGCCAAGUCGUUUGAAAGUGGUCGUUGCCUGGCGCGCCAGGAACCAAUCUCCCGUCCGAACUCCAGUCAGACGUCAUCACAAGGGCGGUCAAGCCAGUACGAUGGGCAGGAGGAACAUGAUCCCAUCCACGAUCUUAAUGGCACGCUCGCAAGUCUGGAUCUGGACCAGCACCAUCCUUGGAAGUCGCAGGGAUCUGACAACCGCCCCCAUCCGUCGUCUUCAUCUUAA